AUCCCCUCCUCUCCGCAAGGCCUCUUUCAUCACACGCAAAUCAGAGGAAUAUUGCCGCCGACGGCUCACGCCGGCGUCCACUCCGGCCGCCGCGCUUUGAUCUUCUUUGCGCCCCUCCCUACGCCUUCUUCCCACCCUCAUCCGACCACACCACUCCCCACCCCACGAACUCGAGGGAUAGCUUGCGCCGCCACCGACGGGAUCAGAGAUCUUGGCGGAGGCGCUGGUGGUGCCUGUGCCCGCGCUCUAGAGGAGAAGAGCGGUGGCCAUGGCGUUUGCCGCUGGGGAGAGGGGAAUCAAACGGCGUCGUCGCUCUCAAGGGCCACGUCCAUGGUGGAAUGUUGGUUGUGCUGUUGGUGGGGAUUCGCGUGUCCUGCUCCCGAGGCAGAAGACGGCGAUGCGGCAGUGGCUUAUAUGGGGGAGGCACGGAGGAGGAGCAGUGGAUCUGGUGGUGGGGAUUGGGGCGGCCACCGGCGUCGAGAGGCGCGCUGCAGUGCUGCUCCACUUCAUCGACCUCCCUCUACAGGUCAAUGGGAAAAGUUACAAGUGAUAUCCGGCGAGCAAGUCUGAUAGUUAGUCGUCGCCUGAUUGGGUCCAUUCCUCUGGCAGAACUGACCAGUUUCCGGGUAAGAUGUGCAUUACUCUCUGGAGGUUCGCCCAUAAUUGUUUACCCACUGGCCAGCAAUUUCUUCGACGUCAUAUUCCAGCUUCUCCUGUCUGCAUCCAUUGCUCGGUGGAAGAGAGUGUGGAGCAUGCCUUUCUUUUCUGCCCUUUUGCAAGAGAAGUGUGGACUGAGAUUAAGAAGGACUUUGAUGUUUCACUUCAGCGUAUGUCCUUUCUUUCCCCCAAGAUUUGGCUUAUGGAUUUCAUGUCCAAAAGUUCUGAGAUUCAAGGCAUUGUUCUCGCGGUUACCUGUUGGCAUCUAUGGGAUACCCGGAACAAGAUUCGUGAAGAGGGGGGACAAGCUGUACCGCUCGGCAUUGCUGCGAAGAUCAAGGCAUAUAUUGAAUUCAUCAUGACGUAUCAACUUUCAACCAGUUCCAACCACAGACGUGAGGCCACCCGAGUAGUUUCUUGGUCUCCGCCGCCGGAUGGUUUUCUUCAGUUGAGUGUUGACGCAGCCCUCUUCGCCUCGUCAAAAAGCAUGGGUGCUGGGGUUGUUGUUCGUGAUCAGCAGGGGACCUUUGUUGCUGCUGCUGGGGACAACAUCCAUGACGUGGUUAAUCCAGAUAUUGCUGAAGCGUGUGCGAUCAGGUUUGCCCUCUCUUGGGCUCAAGAUGAAGGUAUGGAUCAUAUUGUGGUGAAUACAUACUGUUUGUCUGUGGUGCAACGCAUUGAUUCAUCGGAGAAGGAUCUAUCUGCGAUCGGACCGAUCAUUCAAGAUAUCAAAUUGCUGGUCGCUGGUUUUACCAAGUGUUCAGUUAUCUUUGUUAGUCGUUUACAGAACUUUGCUGCUCAUUAUUUAGCUCGUUCUUUGGAGUUUUCUAGUAAGUCUAUUUGGCGUGGUGUGCCCCCGGGGAUUAUCCGGGAAGCAAUUUGUAUUGACUCUAUGUUUAAGUGAUCAAUAAAGUGGGGAAGUUAAAAUCAAAAAAAAAAAAAAAAAAAAAAAACUGACCAGUCCCAAUUAGGCCAUUACUCGUCAGAAUAUUGUUGGACUUGAUCUAGCAUCAUUGCGGACUAAAUUUAGUGGAAAUUCUGAGACUUAAAAUGUUGCAGACCUGAUCCAUGGACUUAAUUAGGAGUAGUUUUCCUAGUUAAGGUCACAGUACACUGACGAAACCAAGCCUUCAGCCAUGCUUCAUGCACGAGCUUUGUACACACACCACACGUAGGUUUCAACUUUCAAGAGCUCAGCGCAACAGUUGCGCUGCGGAGAAUCGAUAGCCAUCCUGCUAUUUUCUACGUCUUGAAAAAUCGAAUGAUGUAACAAAUAGUAGUUUUCCCUGAUUCUGUUAGUAACUUUUGGAACUGAAUGUACUUUCUAAUGUUUUCUUACAUCUAGAAUGAUGAAAGGUUCAAGUUCUGUUUUCCCCAAA